CCGAGCUUACUUAAAAUUAAUUUACCGAUACUGAAUGAAAAUGUCUCCGCAAUAUUUUAUGUUUUCCCGGCGGACGCCGAGAUAAAUUAGGCUUGAUUACCGCAAGUUUCAGCUCACUCGAGUAAUGUUUUGAUAUACAACGGAAGCACGGGAAAGUUUAAAUUGGUGCCUUAGUUUACCGACUUUUUUAGAUUGAAAAAUGAGGCCAAUAAGUGUUUUGUUUGUUUCAGAUUCAUAAUUAAACAAGGAGAACCAAGAUUAUCUACCCAGACUAUGUAAGAAGACAGAAUGCUGCACAGAACUUCCUCUUCUUCCCGGCGCCGCCGCGCGUCCCGAAGCGCAGCGACGUCUCCACAAGCUAGAUCCCCUAGGUCAUCAGCUCAGCCCUCAAGAAGGGCGUCACUAGCGACCACGGAGACUGACGAUGAGCUGGACACCCCACCUCCACCGAGAAGCCCUCGAGCCAGCUUAGCUCCAGAGGCUGCGGAAACCUACCAUAGAAGCCCCAGACAUUCCUUAGUCCCUGACGCUGCCAGAUCUCCAAGAGGCUCAAUAGUACCAGAAUCAGCACUUCAAACAAGGAACAGUCUAGCCCCUACCAGAAAUAACCUCGGCGUCGACAUACCUUAUGGAUCCAGACUAAGUUUAAACCCUCAAGACUUCAACAGAAGUCCACGAAACAGUUUAACUCCAGACAUGAGCGCGAGGAGUCCUCGACGGAGUCUCGUACCAGAAGCAACUUGGAACCAGCCAAGGAAUUCACUAGUGCCUGAUGUUGGAAGAAGUCCACGGCAUUCCGUUGCGAGCAUACAAAUAGAUCCAGCGCGGAGUCAGAAAGAACUGGGUCCAAGUCCAAGAACGAGUCCCCGCGGGAGUAUAGGUGAAGUUAAAGAGAAAGAGGAACGGCCAAAUAGGACACAUAGAGGUUCCUUAGUGCCAGAUCCUCAGAGGAGUCCAAGGGGAAGUAUUGCGCCUUCAGAGAGGAGUGCAAGGGGGAGUUUGGUGGCUGGAGAGCUGGAUGCAGCCAGGGUCAGUCCAAGAGGCAGCCUGACGUUGACGUUCCAAGAGCCGUUGGUGUCAAGGGAAAGGCGGGCGAGUGAGGAUAGCCAAGCUGCUGGAUCGCGAGGCCGCAGCGUGUCACCCUACAGGGCUUCGCUGGCGGGCCGGCAGGGCGGCGUCUCCGAGUCAGGGUCUAGGAGGGCCUCCAGCUCGGUCAGUCAGGUGUCCGGCGACGAGCAGCGACGCCUCUGCGGAGAACAGGCCAAGUACAACGAACGCAGCCUCGGACUUGGCAUCGGGUUGACCACGUACGGCUCCGUGGCGUACCAGCUGAAGGACGCCAAUAUGGAGGCCUCGGGGACUAUGGACUUCGUGUGUCGAGCGGCUAAGAUUAUGAACAGGACGAUUCUCAUGACUGUCUUCCUUGCCUGUCUCUCGACGUUGCCUGUCAUCAUGAUGAUCAUGGGAGUUCAAUACAUCCGCGACUGCCCGGCCGAGCCACGAAUCCCCGUGUACAUGGUGGUCGGCGGCGCGGCGGGCGGCGCCGGCAUCUGCUGGCUGCUAUGGGCUCAGCUUGCAAGCAGAUCUUCAACUUCGGAUGCCAGUAUACCGGAGAAAAUACUGGCGUACACUCUGACAAUAUUCCUAAUGGGAUGGUUCGGAUUCGGCAACCUCUGGACGCUGGGCAUCAUGUGGCCAGACUUCGCGCCGACGCUCUUCGAGCCCAACAAGUGGUGCCACCCGACCCUUUACGUGUUCGCGCUGACGCAACUUGGCGUGGUGUGGGGGGUGCUCGCGUUGCUGGUGCUGCUGUUUAUGGCGCUGGUUGUCUGCCAGGUAUUCGGUUGCGGCUGGCUCGGCCCGCCUCGGUACAAGUAGCAACGGCGGAGCGUCGUGCUAGAGCUCUGGCACCGCAACAUCAACAACACCAUGGACGUGGCCGGCGCGCUCCUCCCCUUCACGCAGCUAGCUCGCCCCGAGCUGACGAUCCACGUCCAGGAGGUGCUCACCCAAGCUGACAGAGACGCUAAAGUGAUCCCACAGAUCAAUGAACCUGAGAGUGAGAGAGUGAAUAAGCAGGCCUGAUGGUUGAUGGUCGUGUCGAAGCACGUGCAUUUUGAGGCGCGCGACCAGAUUUAUUACUUUUGAGUAUGCUUGCUCAAGUUUAGUUGCGUGGUGUCAGGAGCUUUUAAAGCUACUGGAGGU